AUGAGCUCAUAUAACCAUAAUAUUUCGUACAAAUCAACAAAAUAUUCCUGUAAUAUAUCGUCUAUGGGAUUAAAAGAAUUUGAUUUUGUAGAUACAUGGCUCAAUAGACCAGCUAGUGACUGGUCCCUAAAAAGAAUUUCGAUACUCCAAUCUAAAAUUGAAAAAUAUACCUACAAAUUAUAUAAUAUGAAUAAAUUUGGAAGACAAAAUUUGUCCAAGCUGGUACCUACGCAUCUCAUUUUACAAUUUGCUAAUGAAUCAUUUGGUUUUAAUGGAUGGUCCUCGGAAAUUGUUUCAUUUUCAAUUACCGAUAUAAAAGUAGCCAAUCCUUCAAAUGACAAUAAUUCAACUAUCAACUCUAAAGAUAAAGUAUCUCACACAAAUAAAAUAAUGGGACAAGAAUCUACCAUUAACGAUUGUGCUAACGAAGAUCAAGUUAUGAUAACAGUUUUUGCAGAAUCCAAGAUUAUAGUAACAUUAAAAGAUGGCACAAAAACAGACUCGAUAGGAUUUGGCACAGGAACCAUGUCUAGUAAAGGUUUAGCAUUAGCCAAAGCCAAAAAAGAGUCUGUCUCAAACGGAUUGAAAUGGGCAUUUCUAAAUUUUAAGAAUUUACUUGAUGAGCACGAAAUUAAAAUCAAAUCAAAGUUUUACAAAGAUGGGCUCUAUGGUACGGUCUCGAGAUGA